GGGCGAGCCGGCGCCAGGGCCAGUCGGGCCGGGAAGCAGGGAGGGCGAGCGAAGUUGAUGCCCGGCGGCGGGGCGAGCGCGGCGUCUGGCCGGCUCUUCACCACUGCGGAGCAAAGGGGGGCCCGGGAAGCGGUGGGGUCGGCGUCCAGGAGCGGCCCGGGGGGCCCCGGCGGAGGCGGCGGCAGAGGCGGAGUAGGCGGCUCCGGGCCGGGGAGCGGAGGCCCGGGGGGCCCGGUGGGCAGGAUGAGCCUGACCCCGAAGGAGCUCUCGAGCCUGCUGAGCAUCAUCUCGGAGGAGGCGGGCGGCGGCAGCACCUUCGAGGGCCUGUCCACCGCCUUCCACCACUACUUCAGCAAGGCCGACCACUUCCGCCUGGGCUCGGUGCUCGUCAUGCUGCUGCAGCAGCCCGACCUGCUGCCCAGCGCGGCGCAGCGCCUCACCGCGCUCUACCUGCUCUGGGAGAUGUACCGCACCGAGCCGCUCGCCGCCAACCCCUUCGCCGCCAGCUUCGCGCACCUGCUCAACCCCGCGCCGCCCGCCCGCGGCGGCCAGGAGCCCGACCGGCCACCGCUCUCAGGAUUUUUACCUCCUAUAACUCCACCAGAAAAGUUUUUUCUUUCCCAGCUGAUGCUGGCACCCCCAAGGGAACUCUUCAAAAAGACGCCUCGCCAGAUUGCAUUGAUGGACGUUGGAAACAUGGGCCAGUCUGUGGACAUUAGUGGACUUCAAUUAGCCUUGGCUGAACGCCAGUCUGAAUUGCCAACCCAGAGUAAAGCUAGCUUUCCUAGUAUUCUCAGUGACCCAGACCCAGAUUCUUCUAAUUCCGGAUUUGACAGUUCAGUUGCCUCUCAGAUCACGGAAGCUUUAGUCAGUGGACCAAAACCACCUAUUGAAAGCCAUUUUCGGCCAGAGUUUAUUCGUCCACCACCUCCCCUCCACAUUUGUGAGGAUGAACUGGCUUGGCUGAAUCCCACGGAGCCUGACCAUGCGAUCCAGUGGGAUAAGUCCAUGUGUGUCAAGAACAGCACUGGUGUGGAGAUCAAGCGAAUCAUGGCCAAAGCCUUCAAAAGCCCCUUGUCUUCUCCACAGCAAACACAGCUCCUUGGUGAGUUGGAAAAAGACCCCAAACUUGUUUAUCAUAUUGGCCUCACUCCAGUCAAACUUCCUGACCUCGUGGAAAACAACCCUCUAGUGGCUAUAGAAAUGUUGCUGAAAUUAAUGCAGUCAAGCCAGAUCACUGAGUAUUUCUCUGUCCUGGUCAAUAUGGACAUGUCCUUACAUUCGAUGGAAGUUGUGAAUCGACUAACUACAGCUGUUGAUCUACCUCCUGAAUUUAUUCAUCUUUAUAUAUCAAAUUGUAUCUCUACUUGUGAACAAAUCAAGGAUAAAUAUAUGCAGAAUCGUUUGGUGCGUCUUGUGUGUGUCUUUCUCCAAUCCUUGAUCCGUAACAAAAUUAUUAAUGUGCAGGACUUGUUUAUAGAAGUGCAGGCAUUCUGUAUUGAAUUCAGUAGGAUACGAGAAGCUGCUGGCCUUUUCCGGUUGUUGAAGACAUUGGAUACUGGGGAAACACCUUCGGAGACCAAAAUGUCAAAAUAAUACCUCAUCAGAACCACCCCAUUCGUUCAGCUGUACUGUGAUUUAGUUUUUAAAACUCUUAAAACCCUGAAUGGAUUACUUGUCCUAAUGUAUAUAAAUAACACUUUAUCUACUAAAAGCAACGUUUUGCUUUCAUGAUUUUUUCCUUUACAUGAAUUUUUGGUAAGAACUUGGGAGAAUGUGUCUUUUAGGUGUUUUGCUGAUGACUAUCCGUAGAAGGAACAGUUAUCCUAAAAAAAAAAUUAAUGCAAAAAACAGAUGAAGUUUCUUUUAGCACUGAAGAGCAAAGUACCUGUUUUUGCCUAAAAGACAAGCUACUGGCUUCUCAUAAAUCAGGAAUCCAGUUUUCCUAAGGUUCCAAUAUGAAAAGUAUUUAAUGAGAGUAAAUGAAGACAUGCUUAAGAAUUUGUGAUACCAUCCUUGAGGUAAAAGCAGUUGAGUGUUUUUGAAUCAUCAAGUGGCAAACCUAAGUUUGGUUUGUGAACCUCUUACGCAUGUAGCUGGUAACUUCUCAUUAAGCAUGGUCUGAACCAAGGACAUAACUUUACCCUUCUUGUCGUGAGGACUUUAAUAGACAACAGAAUAAAUAUAUUUCUCGGGCCUCUUAUACAUAUGGGAACUCUUAGAAACCUUUUUCUAGGCUAUAAUAGCUACUAUAGUUUUUUUUUUUCCCCCGAGUUGUUCUGUUGUUAGUCUAAGCCAUUUUUUGUUUUGUUUUAAGGAAAAAUAUCAGUGCUCUGGGAGGUAAUAGCACCACUGGGCACUGCUGUGUAAAUUGCCUGCUGAGUGGAAUCUACCCUCUCCUGUCUGUGGUGGGGCAGAUGCGUGUCAGAGAAAAAUAGGGCAGCAGGGUGGCAUAGUGUGGGCUGUUACCCCCAUGGAACUUUAGAUAACAGUGCCUUCCAUUAAAGUUCUUUUUUA